GGGCAGCCGCGGCGGCCGCAGCAGGCGGGCGCACUCGGGCACAGCCAUGCCGGCCGCGCGCGUGGAGUACGUCGCGCCCUGGUGGGUGUCGUGGCUGCACAGCGUCCCGCACCUGGGCCUGCGCCUGCAGCCGGUGGACAGCACAUUCAACCCCCGCGAUGAGAGUUACCGGGAGUCACUGCUGCUGCUGGGGCUGGUGGCCGCCAUCUGCCUGGGCCUGAACCUCAUUUUCCUCGCGGCCUACGUGGUCUGCGUGUGCUGCUGCAGACAGGACGAGGCCGUGCAGACCAAGCGGCGCAACCCGUGCUGUGUCACCUGGACGGCGGUGGUGGCCGGGCUCAUCUGCUGUGCUGCGGUGGGUGUCGGUUUCUAUGGAAAUAGCGAAACCAACGACGGCGUGUACCAGCUCAUCUACUCCUUGGACAACGCGAACCACACCUUCUCCGGGAUAGACGCGCUGGUGUCCGGAACCACCCAAAAGAUGGAGGUGGACCUGGAGCAGCACCUGGCUCGGCUCAGUGAGAUCUUUGCAGCACGGGGUGAUUAUAUCCAGACGCUGAAGUUCGUGCAGCAGAUGGCCGGCAACAUCAUGGUCCAGCUCUCAGGGCUGCCCGUGUGGAGGGAGGUCACCACGGAGCUGACCGAGCUGGCCGACCAGACUGGCUACGUGGAGUACUACAGAUGGCUUUCCUACCUCCUGCUCUUCAUCCUGGACCUGGUCAUCUGCCUCAUUGCCUGCCUGGGACUGGCCAGGCGCUCCAGGUGUCUCUUGGCCUCGAUGCUGUGCUGUGGGGUGCUGGGCCUGUUCCUCAGCUGGACGUCUCUGGCCGCUGACAGCGCUGCAGCAGUGGGCACCAGUGACUUCUGCUCGGCUCCCGACACCUUCAUCCUGAACGUCACAGAGGGCCAGAUCCGCACAGAGGUGACCCGCUACUACCUAUACUGCAGUCAGAGCGGAAGCAGCCCCUUCCAGCAGGCACUGACCGCCUUCCAGCGCUCGCUCACCACCAUGCAGAUCCAGGUGGCCGGCCUGCUGCAGUUUGCUGUGCCCCUCUUCCCCACAGCAGAGAAAGACCUGCUCGGGAUCCAGCUCCUGUUGAACUCAUCGGAGUCCAGCCUUCACCAGCUGACAGCCAUGCUGGAUUGCCGAGGGUUACACAAGGACUACCUGGACGCCCUUGCUGGCAUCUGCUAUGAUGGCAUUGAGGGCUUGCUCUACCUUGGCCUCUUCUCUCUCCUGGCUGCCCUGGCCUUCUCCACCAUGAUCUGUGCGGGGCCUCGGGCCUGGAAGCACUUAACCACCAGGAACAGAGACUAUGACGACAUCGACAGUGACGACCCUUUCAACCCCCAGGCCCGACGCAUCGCCGCUCACAACCCACCUCGGGGGCAGCUUCGCAGCUUCUGCAGCUACAGCAGCGGCCUGGGCAGCCAGACCAGUUUGCAGCCCCCGGCUCAGACCAUCUCCAACGCCCCGGUCUCGGAGUACAUGAACCAGGCCAUGCUCUUCGGCGGGAACCCACGCUACGAGAACGUGCCGCUCAUCGGAAGAGGCUCCCCUCCUCCCACGUAUUCCCCCAGCAUGAGGGCCACCUACCUGUCCGUGGCGGACGAGCACCUGAGACACUACGGCAAUGAGUUUCCAGCCUAACACCCUGUCUGCAGAGGUGCCUGCCUCCCCGAGCCGGUUUGGUUUUGAAUGAAGGCCAACGCGAGCUGCGUUUCUUUAAUAGAAACCAAAGGCAUCUGGAGACUGGGCGCCGGCCCACAGGAUUGUCAGGCUCUCGGGCUGCGGAGGAGCGUCAGCGAUGCGGGGGUAUCGACCUGAGCUCAGCCGAGAUUCCCAACCGAAAGCCCAGGCAGACAGAAGACCCGUGACUCAGGCCAGCCUCUCCCUCUUCGCCCUCCUGUCCACGCCAGAAAUGCCCCCAGGUGCUUGGCCAAGCUGAAGCUGGGAGCCUGGUUCCGCUCACCCCUACAUCCUCUCCCUCACCAGAUGGGAGCUGGCAUCGAAGAGGGCCAGGUCGGGCAUCACCUGAGAGAUGUAGGUCCUCCUGGAUCUUAUUGCCGGGCCUCUGGCUCCCGCAAACCUGGCUCGCGGGUCCAGGUGGCCAUUGUCUCCGAGUCCCCUCUCUCCUCCCAGCUGCACGGCUGGUGGGCAGCGUUUCCCUGCAGGUAAAGGUGGACGGGCUGAUCAGGAGAUUAAGGCAGGUGAUGUCUCUGAUACAAUGGGACACUGUCCAAAUCGAUCCCCGGAGCCAGACGGACCCUCCCUGGACCACAGAGGGAAGGUGCUGGGGAGCUGUGCGGUGGGUGGCCCCAGGGCCGGGGACCAUGGCUGCAUCCCUGGAAGGCUUCCACAGUGAGACCCUGUGGGGAUGUGGGCAACAGCUGCCACCUUCUACCCCUCUCCCACCACCCUCCACCACCUCUCCAUUCCAGAAUCAAUGCUGUGAGUUUGUUCACUACAGAUAGGGACAGUCUCAGGUAUUAAUAGACACUUUGAAAGCGACACUAACUCUCCCUCCCCCCACCCAGUGUUUUGAAUAUUUUGAUUAUCCAAAGAAUUGAAACUCCUAGUGCAUCCAGUUUUUACAAUAGAUGUAGGGCUCAUUCCUUACCCCUGGGUUGUAUGCCAUUGCUUUGCAGAUUUUGCUGGCAUCAGCCAGUUCUUUAUGGAUCUGAAGGAAGGGAAGAUUUAUAAACAAAGUAGAGACCAUGAGACAUACUGUCCCGAGCUGCUGCUUGGUGGGGAUGUGGGUUCAUCACGUUCAAGGAGGGAGGCCCUUUAGGACAGAAAAGCUUAGAGGGACAACUGCACGCACUCUCCUGUCCUGGGGGCUGCCCAAGUGAAUGUCCCCUCCCUUAUGUCUUCAGGCAAGUUUGUCUUAAAGGUUUUAGCAAAGUGGGAUGGUGAUGUGUGUUGCCCUGAGAUGGGCCUCUUCUUCCCUAAUCCCAUUCCAUCCCGUUGUCCUGGGCCCCCUGAGCUCCACUUGCUCCGUGAGAAGUAGCUUAUUGGCCAGGAGGAAAUGACCCACCAUCCUGCCUGCUGAGGAUCCAGGGUUAGGGUCUCUGGUGCUUCUAAUCUCCUGGCAACUUGGAGUGCACAGCACGGAAGCCCACGCAGCCUUGCACACCCAAAACCAGGGACACGGGAUGACCUGGCUGGGAACGAGGGCUCCAUUUCCAUUUUCAAAGAGCCACUUUCCCAUCAGGACACUGACAGCAGAGCAGCUCUUGGUGCCCAGCCACACCUCUACGACAGAAGAGGGCCAUAAGGCAGCCUGGACUCUUGCCUCACCUGCGUUAACCUGUAUGUACCGUGUACCAUAAACGUAUCUGUGUAUGGCCACGUCGCACGCAGAUAGGAACUCUGCGACGUCGAGAUGUUGCUUCUUAACAUUUUGUUGUUGGCGACUGUAGAGUUGUUUUGAAUGCGUAUAAACUAAACUAGAAUCCUUUGGGUAGUUCCUGAAGGAGCCAGGUGGGCACACCUCUGCUUGAUGCAUGUGCGCCCUCACCUGGGGAGAAAUAAACCACUUGUACUAAAA